UCGACGUGCCCCAGCUCGAUCAAAAAAGAUGGCCGCAGCGCUCGCUGUCGCCACCGUCGCGCUACUGUGCCUCACCGUCGUCCCCAGCCACGCCGCGCUGCAGGUCGGCUUCUACAGUGGAAAGUGCAACGGCACCGACGUCGAGGCCACCAUCAAAAGCAUCGUCGCCGCCCGUUUCGCUCGGGACCGCUCCAUCGUCCCCGCCCUCCUCCGCCUGCAGUUCCAUGACUGCUUCGUCAGGGGAUGCGACGCAUCGAUACUGUUGGAUGGGAGUGGAACCGAGAAGACGGCACGCCCCAACCUAAGCGUGAGAGGGUACGACCUCAUCGACCAGGCCAAGGCAGCACUGGAAAGCAAAUGCGCCGGCGUUGUUUCCUGCGCUGAUAUCAUCGUCGUCGCAACGAGGGAUGCUGUCGUGCUGGUACGUGCGAUGGGGGUUCUCCGCUAA